GGGUUCAUACCUGUCGAGUAUCACCUGCUUUCGAGUAAACGUUGCUUUAUUGGGAGAUGCGCUUGGCCACGAUAUUGGCUUUCAUCAACAUAAUUGAUACAGGACCGUUAAUUAAAUAUUUGAGUUUCGAGUUAAGUUCGGGAUAAAGUCUACACCAGCAAGAUGGCGCCGGCAAUUUCGUACGUUCUUCUCGUAUUUGGAAUGGCUAUUCUGCCUGUAGUAAACGGACAAUGUAUCAAUGUUACACUUCCUAACAUUCUAAACUUGGGAGAGUGUCUCGGAACUACACUGAGAACCUGCCCUGACAAUUCGUCGGGCCUGCUGCCAGACCUUACCCGUGUCCUAGGGUGCGUUCUCCAGAUUGUACCCCAGAUCGGAAGCCCUGUCUCGGUGCUCUACAACGUGGUUGGUCUCCUUGAGGCUGUUGUUUCCAGACUGGGCUUAACCGGCGACAUCGGCGGUCUCACGGACAUCCUCUGCAAUCCCCUCGGAAUCCCACUGUUCAGCUGCGGCACGUUCAGUCCAGGAAACAUCGCCUGCCAGGAACCGCUGCAGAUCAGCCUGCCCAGCGUCUUCAACAUCGGAGCGUGUCUGAACCGGACCCUGUUGUUCUGCGAAGAAGGAUCGACAAUUUCGGACCCUAUCCUGAGAGAAUUGUUCCAAGCAGUUGGCUGUAUUCUGAGCGUCGCUCCAGAUGGUCUGCAACUGGACCUCGUGUCAAGCCUGGUGUGCCCCCUGGUGGACAUCCUGAACUCGUCACUGAACGAGUUCACCUCGCUGCUUCCUUUCCGGUUCCUGACGCGUGGAAUCACCAACGCCGUCAGCUCCCUCACCAAUAACCUGCUCGGAGCCGUCGGUAACUGUGGCAGAUAACUUUCGAGAACCAACUGAGCCUUGCUUCAGCACACCUGCAGAUGAGAGGAGAAAAUUGAAGGCAAGCACUGACGUCAUUUUAUGAUCCAGAUUGGAACUGCAACGGUGAUUCAGGAGAUAUCUGAGCCAUGAGCCCCCACCCUUGUCAACGGCCAGCAUUCAUAAUGACCUGUUCGACCAUAUGGCUCCUUGGAUAUAAACUAUGUCAAAAAACAAAAAAUCAAAUAAAUAAAUAAACCAACAAAAAGCAU